GUCAAAGUGCGUGGCCCUGAAGAUUAUUAGUCAGGGUGCCAGAGAUCAGAUGAUCUUGGUGUUGACAGAAGGGUUCCCCAGGCUCCUGGAGACCCCUUACUGGUGACAAGCGAGAAAGCGGCGCUAGGACCCCCGGGCAGAGCCGGGGGAAGUUAGACAAGGGGGAAAUGCCUUACAUGGUCCAUCCAACCCGCCCCCGCGGUCACAAUCUGAGCCCGCUGCCCAAAAUAGCUCUUGGCAUGAGCUGCCCUGUUGCACGGCUUGGAGAUGGCUGCUCCCUCCGAACAUGUAGGACUGGGUGGCCCACGGAGCCCUGCGCGCCCAGAGCUCCCUCCCACCCGCUUCCACCAAGUGCAUGGAGCCAACAUCCGCAUGGACCCCUCAGGAACGCGAGCCACACGCGUGGAGAGUUUCGCCCACGGUGUGUGCUUCAGUCGUGAGCCCCUGGCCCCCGGCCAGGUAUUUCUAGUGGAAAUAGAGGAAAAAGAGCUGGGCUGGUGCGGGCACCUACGUCUUGGCCUGACUGCUCUGGAUCCGGCCAGUCUGGCCGCUGUACCCGAGUUUUCACUGCCUGACUUGGUCAGCCUUGGCCACAGUUGGGUCUUCGCUAUCACACGCCACCACAACCGUGUGCCCCGGGAAGGUCAACCAGAAGCGGAGGCAGCGGUCCCCAGUGGUCCCCAAGCCCUACUGGUUGAACCCUAUCUGCGCAUCGAGCAGUUCCGAAUCCCCCGGGACCGUCUGGUGGGCCGCAGCCGGCCAGGGCUUUAUAGCCACCUUUUAGAUCAGCUCUAUGAACAAAACCUGCUGCCUCCUACAGCGCGCCGUAGCCGCUUGGGUGUUCUCUUCUGCCCCCGUGAGGAUGGGACCGCCGACAUGCACAUCGUCAUCAACGGGGAGGACAUGGGCCCUAGCGCUCGGGGGCUGCCAGCUGCUCAGCCCCUCUACGCUGUGGUAGAUGUGUUUGCUUCCACCAAGAGCGUGCGCCUGGUCCAGCUGGAGUAUGGCUUGCCAUCUCUGCAGACUCUGUGCCGACUAGUGAUCCAGAAGAAGGUGGUCCACAGGCUGGCCAUUGAUAUGCUCCACCUGCCCAAAGGCCUGAAGGACUUCUGCAAGUACGAAUGAACGGAUGAACACCUGUCUGUGGCCACCAGAGCAAAGUCCCCGGUGGUGCGCCCUGCCUCCAGAGCAGUGGUUAGUCUGAAGCUGGCCGCACAGCUCACAAUCAGGGCUGGAAAUAAAUAGAACCGAUGUGAUGUGGGUGUUCUGAGCGUUGGAGGGUCUCCUUGCCUCUGCAGCCCUGUGAGAGCCACUUGUAGAGAUACCAGGUCAGAGCAAGUAUUUUAGAACCUGCCUAGCAGGGCUCCCUAGUGUGCAUACUCUUGAACUAUCUGGGACACUUGAUGAAUGCCAAUGCGCCCCCCCCCCCCGUCCUUUCCCCCUCCCCUUAAUAGUCUCCUUUAGUUUGUGGCAUGUCAGGGAAUUGAGCCCAGUCAUCAUGGAUUUUUGUUUUGUGUUGUUCUAGACAAGGUCUUGCCUCCCAUGUUCUGUGAUUGUAGGCACAAGCCUCCAUGGCUGACUUGACACUGUUUUUUGUGUUAAAGGCUCUUCAGAGAUUCUAAUGCAUGGUUAGAGUUAAGAAGCAUUUCUCAGAUCAGCGGUUUCAGCUUGGGAAAAGAUGGUAGUUAUUUCCUGUGUGGUUUUUGGUUUAUUUGAGACAUGGGCUGCUGAUCCUGAACUGUGGCAAUUCUACCUCAUCAGGAGAUUACAGACAUGGUCUGCUAUUUCUGGCUCCCGUCUUCUGCAGUACUAGGGACUGUUUGGUGUUCUGUGUUUGCUAGAUGAACAUUGUACCACUAAACCACAGACUCUGGCCUACUUCCA